UGCAAUGUCGAAAUGGCGGGAAAGGGGAAUUGCACAUAGUUUAAACAAGAUUGAAACGAAAUCAAUUAUGACUUUAAUUAAGUUUUGUUGUAAUUAGUGUGUUAUUGCUGCUGCGGCAAACGAAGCAAUCCAAAUCCGAUAAACAUGGCGGCAAUGACGUCACACACGCCACGAAGCUGGGACAACAACAAAAAGCACUUCGAACCGGCAAGAACUGCUAAAGGCGAAAUAUUUUGGCAUUAUUAUUAAAAAUUCAGUAUUUUGGCAUUGGCACGGGCCAAAAUACACGCAAUUAACAUUCAAACGCACGCCGUGGGAGGGAGCGAGAUAGCGAGCACUUACUCAUAUGAGAGAAUUCUUUCAGCGCGACGCCACCACUCGUCAUCAGCCGUCACCCGUAAACGAUGUCCGAAGAUGCCAAGAGUCCAGGACCACGCACACGGAACAUCAUCGAGAACCAGCUGUUCCGCCGACAGCGCAGUCUGAAAUUGGAGGCACUGCAGCGCCAGCGGACCUUGGAUUCUGGCGAUGGGGCUGAGGGAUCGGGCCCAGAUCCGGAACCCUUCGACAAGACCCACAUCGUCAUCAUAUUCACGGAGAAGGCCAAGCUGAGACACUGCCAGGAUGUGGAGAAGAUCAUCCAGGAGUUUGGCAUCCAAACCACGCUGGAGAUCGUGGGAAAAACCGAAAAGUACCUAUACCUGUCCGCCAGCGUGGAUACCUUGCUGCGUUUAGCCGAUGCCGCCGAGCUGGAGAAGAUGACCACCACGAACAGCAUGCAGAAGUUUAACCACGGCUGCAUCUCGGACUUCCUUCUGCCCGGAAUGGGCAAGGAGCAGAUCCUUCGUUACUGCGAGAUACCUGUACUCAUCAAGGACGUGAUCCAGGAUGGCAUUAAGUCAUAUGUACAAAAGGGCUACAUUGAGGAUAUGUUUCCCCUGCACGAUAUCCUUUACCUGGAACGCUUUAACUGGGACCUGAAACGCACCACGCUGCCCAUCGAGGAUAUCCGAAACUACUUCGGUUCCAGCAUAGGACUUUAUUUCGGCUUCAUCGAGUUCUACACAAAGGCUCUAAUCUUCCCCUCGGUUUUUGGCAUACUUCAAUGCGUAUUCGACCUGAAUAUUUCGCUGGUUUGCAGCUUCUAUGUGGUUUGGACCACGAUUUUCCUUGAGCUGUGGAAGCGCAGGUGCGCCGGCUACUCGUACCGAUGGGGCACCAUCGAGAUGAGCAGCCUGGACAAACCGCGCUCCGCCUACACCGGCAAAAUGAAACCGGAUCCCAUUACCGGAAAGAUGACACUCCACUACCCGAUGCGCUACACGUACCUGCAGAUGUACUGCAUCUCGUAUCCGGUGGUCCUCGGCUGUGUGGUGGCCGCCGGCUGGUUUGCCCUCUACCAGUUCCAGAUCGAGGCCGAGGUGCUGGCGGACUUCGGACCGGAGUCCUGGCUGCUGUACGUGCCGGUCAUUGUGCAGUCGGUGCUCAUUGCGAUCUUCUCGUGGGCCUACGAGAAGCUGGCCACAUUCCUUACCAACCUGGAGAACCACCGAACGCGGUCGCAGUACGAUCGUCAUCGGGUCAACAAACUGAUGCUCUUCGAGAUCGUCAACAACUUCUUUUCGCAGUUUUACAUUGCCUUUGUGCUGCAGGAUUUGCGCCAGCUGAAAUACCAGCUGAUGAUGCAGCUGUUGGUCUUCCAGGUGCUGUGCAUCGCCCAGGAGAUUGGCAUACCGCUGCUGGCGGUUCUGCGCCAGAAGUACGCCGAGUUCCGGCAUCGCGAGGUGGCCGAAGAGAAGCUGCGAUCGAUUAGCGAUCUGCCGCGCUACGAGCAAUCCUUCUAUGAGUCUGGGCUAGAUGAAUACCAUUCCACGUACGAGGACUACCUGCAGGUGUGCAUUCAGUUUGGGUUCGUUGUCCUAUUUGCCGCCGUCGCCCCAUUUGCCGCCAUUGGAGCUCUGCUGAACAAUGUCUUUGCCGUGCACAUUGACAUGUGGAAGCUGUGCAACAUCUUCAAGCGACCGUUUGCGAGGCGAGCCAAGAAUAUCGGCGCCUGGCAGCUGGCCUUUGAGCUGCUCUCGGUCAUGUCGCUGCUCAGCAACUGCGGACUGCUAUUCCUCCAGCCCAAUGUCAAGGACUUCUUUUCUCACUGGCUGCCUUCGGUGCCGGAUCUUUCGUUCGUGAUCUUCGAGCACCUACUGCUGGGCCUGAAGUUCCUCAUCCACAAGGUUAUCCACGAGCGGCCGCGUUGGGUUCGUAUCGGGCUGCUAAAGGCGGAUUACGAAACCAGCCAGGCUCUCAAGCAACUCAAGAAAUUCAAGGCGGAGGUCAACAAGAUGGCGUAACUGGCCUAAUCUCCGGAUCUCCCACUCCUUUUGGUGCUAAUCAAACCAGUCCAUUUUAAAGGUUAUUAUUUAUAAACAUACGACUAAGCGCUUUUACUGUGAAUGUUUGAGACCAUCGGAAGCAAGGUGCCUUAAACCUAAAACUCAUAUAAAUAUGUCCACAAAUUACUUAA